AUGUUGAAGAACGGCACAGCACGACGCUCAGAAAGCUCUUGGUCUUCAGCACUACACUUAGUGCGCAAAAAAGACGACGGCUGGAGGCCUUGUGGUGAUUAUCGAUCGUUAAACGCACGAACCAUUCCGGAUCGCUACCCACUCAGAAACAUUCAAGAUUUUGCUCAUCAGCUAGCUGGUUGUAAUAUAUACAGCAAAUUAGAUCUAGUGAAGGCUUACAACCAGAUUCCCGUAGUUGAGAGUGAUAUUGAAAAGACAGCGAUCACGACUCCGUUUGGGUUGUUCGAGUUCCCAUUUAUGAUGUUUGGCCUCAGGAACGCAGCCCAGACGUUCCAAAGAUUCAUAGAUGAGGUACUUCAAGGACUAGAUUUCACAUUUGGAUAUCUUGACGAUAUAUUAAUAUUCUCACAUUCAGAAGAAGAGCACAUGGAACACCUCAAGACACUUUUCCGCCGACUUGAAAAGUACGGAGUACUUAUAAAUACUUCUAAAAGCAUACUAGGUGUCAAAGAAGUAGACUUUUUGGGUUACCACAUUUCAGUGCAGGGAACUCGUCCAAUGGAGACGAAGGUAGCUGCAAUCAAAGACUUCCCAAUACCUAAAACAACUAGAGAACUCCGAAGAUUCCUCGGUAUGCUAAACUAUUACCGUAGGUGUUUGAAGGAUGCAGCAAGUACUCAAGCUCCACUUCUUGAUGCAUUAUGUGGCAAAAAUAUUAAAGACUCCAAACCUAUAGUCAUGACCCCCGAGAUGCUGAAGGCAUUCGAAGAUUGUAAAUCCUCACUGUCUGAUGCCACCAUGCUAGCACAUCCAAAUCCUCACGCAGGAUUAUCACUCUACACUGACGCAUCUGAUAAGGCCAUAGGAGCCGUCCUACAGCAAAAAGUGAAAAACUGCUGGGAACCCCUAGCGUUUUUCUCCAGGAAACUUACGUCAGCACAGAAGAAAUACAGUCCAUAUGACAGAGAACUACUGGCAAUAUACGAAUCUAUCAAAUACUUUCGUUUUAUGGUCGAAGCCAGGCAUUUUACGGUGUACACCGACCACAAACCUAUCACCUUUGCGUUUGUCACCAAAAGAGACAACUGUUCUCCACGCCAACACCGAUACUUAAGCUUCAUAUCUCAAUUUACCACGGAUAUCAAGCACGUGUCAGGCUGUGAUAACACUGUUGCUGAUGCGUUGUCACGAAUUGAGGCUAUAUCUGAAAUACUUAAUUAUGAAGAUCUCGCAAACGAUCAGAACUCAGAUCCUGAACUGCAGAAUCUAAUUAACAAGGGAACAGCGCUUCGAUUAGAAAAGAUCAAGUCACCCGAAGCUACAAUAUAUUGUGAUGUAUCUACACAUACUCCGAGGCCAUAUAUUACUCCACAAUUCAGAAGACAAGUCUUCUCCCAAAUGCACAACCUUAGUCAUCCCGGAGCUUCAACCACAGCAAAACUCGUCUCCGAAAGAUUCGUGUGGCCCGGUGUUCGUCGAGACUGCAAGGAAUGGACGAAACAAUGCACAGAUUGCCAACGCAGCAAAAUCAACCGCCAUACCUCUUCACCUUACUCCACUUUCCCUACUCCAUCACAACGUUUCUCCCACAUCCACAUGGAUAUAGUAGGGCCGUUACCGCUUUCUUCUUGUUACAGGUACUGUCUCACCGUCAUCGACAGAUAUACUCGAUGGCCUGAGGCCUACCCAUUAGAAGAAAUUACGGCGGAAACAUGCGCCAAAACAUUCAUCAGCGGCUGGGUAGCCCGUUUCGGAUGCCCACAGAAGAUCACCACAGACCGGGGACGUCAGUUCGAGUCAAAAUUAUUCCAGGCCGUUGCAUCUCUCAUCGGUGCCAAAGUGACUACAACCACUUCAUACCACCCGCAAAGCAACGGUAUGGUAGAAAGGCUACAUCGGCAGAUAAAAACUGCAAUUAGGUGCCACAAUAACCCGCAGUGGACAGAAAUCCUUCCACUAGUGCUUCUAGGUAUAAGAAGCGCCUGGAAAGAGGACCUCAAAACAUCAACCGCAGAAUUGGUAUACGGAGAACCUCUACGAUUACCAGGGGAGUUCUUCGUUCCCUCACCAGACUUCACCGCUGACAUCAAGGAUUUUGCAUCUCGCCUUCGACGGCACAUGGCUAAUUUAACACCUCGCCCAGCUACAUGGCACGGAACUAAGACUUUCUACAUCCCUAAAGAUCUUCAAACGGCAGAAUACGUUUUCUUGCGUCAGGGACCAGCUACACCAUCAUUGGAACCUCCUUAUUCAGGCCCAUAUAAAGUCCUGGAAAGGGGCCCUAAGACCUUCAAAUUAAUGGUCAAAGGUACAGAAAGUACGGUUACUAUCGACCGACUCAAACCUGCUUACCUUCACAGCAGUGGAUCACCUGCUUAUCCAGAGGAAAUAACACACUCAGAAAAGGAAGCCCAGGCCCCCACAACGGAUCAAAAUGAAAGUACUCUGAAGAAAACAAAUAGCGGCAGAGUAGUGCGCUUCCCAGAUUACUAUCGCCCGUGA